GGCGUGGAGAGAAUGCGGACCCGGAGCGAAGACAACGGCGGAGAAGGAGUGACAAUUCUGCCCGGACCGGAACUUGAAGGAAAGAGCGCUGGGUCUCUGAGGAUUUAGUUGGCGUUCGCUAGCUGGAUAUGAGAGUGAGAGUGGGUUGCAUCUGGGAAAUAGGGAAGAGAGAAGGCAGCAGACACUGUGGGGGGAGGGUUCUUUUUAUCGGAAGCAAAGGAUGGCAAAGCUCUCGUCCUGGCCCAGGCCCAGGGCCUUGUACCCUCCUGCCCUCCCCCCGCUCCACCUUCUCGCUAUUCCUCUUCGCCCUCCUUCUUGCUCACCUCCCUCCCUUCCAAGCUCUCUCCCCGACACGUGUCAUUUCCAUUGAGAUCUCACGAACAUCUGGCAGUUCUCAAGCUCCUGAUGGAUUUUGGCUGCGCGUGGGUUGCGAAGGUCGGCUAGGCUAUGCGCGUGAUGUCUGCCUGCUUUCUGAGUCCAUACAAUCAAGUGUCAUUCUUGGUCUUCAUCAGAAGAACUCGAGUGAAACAAAGGGGUACUUCGCAGCGGGCGCGUUGUGUUUUCGGGCGAAGAGGCGGAGGGUCCUGAUUAGUGACAGGGAAGAGGUGUUGUCUGCUUGGCAACUCUUCUCGUCAUUUUUCCAUCAUCCAGCGCUGACAUGCACGCUCUUACAACGAAGUAGGUAUAUGCGGAUCCAAUGCGGAUUUAGAGAAAUUACGGGUCCGAAUCGAACCGUUUGAAUCGGCGGUUCAACCAACUCUGGGCCCUAGCUAAUGCUCCUGGAGUGUGUCGGUUCGAAACGCGCCGGAGCACCCGUUACCAACAUUUUGGGGUGGAACAAUUUUGCGGGCAGGCGUUGCUGCUCCGCUGUCGUUCAUCAGAUGAGACCUGGGUGAAGAUGUACCAGUACAUACGUUAACCCUAGGUUUGCAGGGUCGAAGGCGUCAAGGUCGUAUGCACAUGUGGUUAGCAGUUGCAAUGCGGCAAGAGAACAGUGUUUCGGGUUUCACAGUGG